AUGGAUGCACCGAUUCGACUCACUGUAUUGAUAUCAGGCAAUGGCUCAAACCUCCAGACCGUAAUCGACCAGACAGCCGCGGGGGAACUUUCGGUGAACAUUGUCCGAGUUUUAUCGAACCGCAAAGACGCAUUCGGACUCGAGCGUGCCCGACGUGCGGAUAUUCCUAUACACUACCACAACCUUGUGAGAUAUAAGAAGCAGCACCCUGCGACACCAGAGGGUAUCCAGGCGGCUCGGGAGGAAUAUGAUGCGGAGCUGGCGAGGUUGGUCCUUGCUGACAGUCCGGAAAUGGUAGCUUGUCUGGGAUUUAUGCAUGUGCUGUCCCCGAGGUUCUUGGAGCCAUUGGAAAGGGCUAAGGUUAAGAUUAUUAACCUUCACCCUGCGUUGCCGGGGGCAUUUAAUGGAGCGGUAUGUUCUCUAUCCUCCCCUUGUUGCAUUCUUCCCGACUACGUCUAUUAA